AACUACAAGCCCCAUAACAGCCUAAGGCUGCGGGGUGAAGGGGCGCAGGAGGUGGUGCCAUCUUGAGGGUAAGGGGCGGCCGGCACUCCUCUCCCUCGGCCUUCGGGGAGUACGUGGCUCGCCCGGGCGGCGUAAGACGGGCGGGUGGCUUGGCUUUGAGAUGCUUCAUGCUGAAAGCAGAGUAACUCUCUUGAAGUGUCAGGAUGAAAUCAUUAUUGAACCAUAUUCUAAAAAAAUGAAGUCAACAGAGGAGGCCUAUGAGAACCUCUCUGCUGAUGAUAACAAAGAUAUUCAGGAAGAAGUGGAUACUGAGACAGCAUCAUAUGACUCGAUACCACUGUAUGCCUCAGAUGACCAAGGACAAUAUGAAAUGCAGAAGCUAGAGAAAAUACCUACAGGUGUCCUGAGAACACUGAAUAAAGUGCUCCCUGAAAAUAACCUAGUUCAUUCGGAAGUUGUGCAGAAUGUAAAUCCUCAGUUUGCUUCAAUAAAUGACACUAAAGCUGAAGAAAAAGGCCCUUUUAUUACAAAUAAUGUUGGUGAAGAUAAUAUUGAAAAUAGCAUUACAUCAUUAUCAGUAAAUAGAAAUGCAUCGGAUGAAGAUUUUUUUACAAGCACAGAAUUUAUUGGACCAAUUUACAAGCCUGACAAAAGUAUCAAACAGGAUAAAUCUGGCAGUUGCAAUGAAAGCAGUGAGGGAAACCAGAAUGGAGUGCAUGAAAACAGAGCUAAAAGAAAGGAGGCAAAGAAGACACAGACUAUUACUUCUGCUGUACCAGAAAUAGAUGAUGAACUGGACCAGUUCUAUAAAGAAAUUUACCAGCUGGAAAGUGAAAAUUUAGAUACCAGUUUUCAGGAAAAAGAAACUGAAACUUCUCAGGAGCAAUGCACUCCAUAUGACUGUAGUCAGAUGUCACAAGAGGAUUGUCAAUGCAUGUUGUUGGGCAGCCCACAGCCAUAUUACGAGAAUGGACAGUGUUUCUUUGAAGAACAGAGUAGUGGGAAAACAAGCCAUGAGCAGCAGUUUGUCAUGGAAACAAGUGGCUGGAAAACUGAAAAUACCUUUGAUAGAGAAGAGGAUUGUAAAUAUUGGAACUACUCAGUGCCUGAAUUCAGACCUGCUUGGCAGUCAGCAGAGUCUUUCAUAAUACCUCAGGGACCUUUUCCUCCUAGAUUCAACCAUCAGUCGCAUUUUCAGGUACUUCAUUCCCCACCACAAAAAACUGAUGUUCUCCCUUCUCAGAAUGGUAACCUUUCUUACAAAAAUUACUAUGAUUACCAUGGAAAUAGUGAUAAUAACAGUCAUGGUUCAUUGCUUGAGCAAAGUAUCAACAAUGCAGGUCAUGCUGAUACCUGUACUACUCAGGUCUUCAGAAAUGUAAAUAAUGACCAGAAUGGACUCCAAAAUAAUGGUUUCUGUGAAACCAGAGGAGCGUGUUGGAAGGAUCCAAAAGCUGCCAAUACAGGAGGAAUGCACAGUUUUUCUUCUUUGCGGUUAACUGAAGAAAGAUCUAGCUGUUCACAGAAAUUGCUGCUCAUCUUAAGAGGCCUGCCUGGUUCAGGGAAAACAACACUUUCUCAUGUUCUGCUUGGUCAAAGUCAUGAUGGCAUUGUGUUCAGCACCGAUGAUUAUUUUCGUCAACAAGAUGGAUAUACAUAUAAUGCUGCUCAGCUUGGUGAUGCCCAUAACUGGAACCAGAAGAGAGCAAAGCAAGCAAUGGAGCAGGGAAAAUCUCCAGUUAUAAUAGACAACACUAAUACUCAAGCCUGGGAAAUGAAGCCAUAUGUGGAAGUGGCUCUAGAAAAGGGAUACAGAGUGGAGUUCCAUGAGCCAGAUACUUGGUGGAAGUUUGAUCCUGAAGAAUUAGAAAAGAGGAAUAAACAUGGGGUCACUCGUGAGAAGAUUGCUCAGAUGUUGGAACGAUAUGAAUAUCAAAUAUCCAUACCUAUUGUCAUGAAUUCAGUGGUACCUCCCCACAAAAACACUCAAAGGCCACCUCUGCAACGAAGACAUAGGUGGGGAGGCAAUACAGACUUACGGAAUUCUUUCAGUAUUUCCAGUAGCCGAUAACAGUUGCAGUCAGUUAAUAAAAAUCUGUUACUUGCCCUUCUAAAACACAUCAUCACCUCCAGUAAAGUAGUGGAUCUUCUGUGUUUUAAAUAGGCCUCUUUCGAGACUAUUUUCAUCUGGAGGUUGCUCCUUUAAUGGACUUGUGUGUAAAUAAAAUUGUACAUUUAAUGGUGUUUUUUUUUCAAACUAUAUUUAUUACAGUUGUAAGAACUUUGAUUUUGGUAAAAUAUUUAAUACAGUAUGACAUAUAGCAGUCUUCCUUCAUAAACCAAAGACAAUGAUGUUGUCAUACGUAAAGUAACUGUUGAGCAGUGUUUUUAAAGAGGUCAUAUUGGAGAUCUUCUUUUAAAAGAUAAAUAAAGCCCCAGAAGAGGAGAUGAUUUAUGUAAUAACCUGUUUUAAUGAUUGUCAUCUAGUCUUCUUUUAGGAGACGUUUUUGAAAACAGUUUUGUCCUGGAGUGUUCUUUUGUUCUCUUUUGCAUGUAUUACCAGUCGUCAUCAUUCUGGCAUGUAUUUUCUCUUCAGUUGUGGUAUUUGGUUUGGUUUGUUUUUUUUUUUUGUCUUAGAAGCUUAUCUGGCAACUGAAGCAGUAUUUGCCAGUACAGUAUUUGCCAGCCUUAAACUGUACAAACUGAACUACUUUUUUAUUUGUUCUCAGUGGUAGUUUAUAAACUGUGAUGGUAGUUGCACACCAACUUCUUUGUGCUGACUAAAACCCUCUAAAUUUUAGCACUAAACACCCAAAAUUUCACAGAUACAUUUUCUAAGUCAAAUUAUUUUAUUUAUAAUAAAAAUGAAGUAUUAAAGCAGUAGGCUGUCAAGUCCCAGUCCACAGUUGAAAUGCAUCAAUUCAAUAUAAAUGGUGCAUAUAAUUCUGUAAAACCAGUUAUGUUCCCAGUUUCGGCAUAGCCAAUGUAAUCUGAUGAGCACAUAACAAAGAAUAAGCCAGCAUGGAGAUAGACUAAUUUACUUCCCUUUUUCUCUUAAAAUAAUGACUUUGUAAGUUUUCACUUUGCUUGCUUUCUAACAGCCUGUUGUAUUAAUAAAUCAUUUUUCUCCUCUA